AUGAGUAGGGCGCUUUCAUGGGAGCAAGGACAGUGGACCAGCGGUGUCAAAUGGGAGAUCAGGGUCAAUGGAGUCACGGAAAAAGCCGAAGCGGCAGCAGGGUAUAUAAAUCUUUUAUUAAAGCUGAGGGUAUAUGAAUCUUUACAGGGGUGGUGCAGGGUAUAUAUAUCUUUUGCCCUAUAUAAAUACGUUUGGUUUGGUAUGGGUACUGCGUACUGGAGCAGGCUGCAUUGCAUAUAUACCUACGAACGAAGGAAUAUAUAUAUUCGGCAUCCUUCCACCCCAAGGCUGUCUCCCAAAAAGCUUGCCUUAUCACUUCAUUCCCGUCUCCAUAUCCCUCUCUUCAUCCUUCAGACGACGCCAUCAUACGUUGCUGUGUACAUCACCAUUUGUGAUAUAUUGCUCGCAUUCUCAUCCUCAACUUGCUUUCCUCUCUCUCUCUCUCUGUCCUCCUCACCCUCGCCAUCUAAUAUCUCCACCAUGUCUCAACAAUACUCCUACCACCAAACACCCGCAGCACCGCACCGCCUGCCCGCCAACCACGGCACCAUCAGUGCCUUCUCCCCCUCCGCCAACCCCGACGAAGACUGGACCCAGAUCUCCGAUCUCGCCGAGCGUCGCCGCAUCCAAAACCGUAUCGCCCAACGCAACUACCGCAAAAAGCUCAAGCGCCGCCUCGAAGACCUCGAACGCCGCGUCGGCUCCUCCUCCGCCUCCCCCCCACAAUCCCACACCGAGCUCAAGCCCUCCAAGCCCACCGCGACAAACAUGCACAAGACGCCCUCCUCCUCGCGGAACCGCCCAACCAAGCUCUCCCCGUGCGCCAUAUACCAAAGUCCACACCAAUACACCCCCCCGCUCCAACUGGCUAACGACCUCUUUCCCCUCGACCGCGCCGCCUCCCACACCCCCCCGCUCUUCAGCUACGCCCCCUACUCCGCCCCAGACGAAACCUCCUUCUACCCAUCCUACGCCCCCUACUCGACGGGUACAUACGAGUACGCCGCGCCGCCGCGUCCGCCGUUCGAGCCGAAGCGGAAUAACGAGGAGCUCAACGCCUUCGGGAUGAGCUAUGCUGCUAUGGCGGGACUUGAUAUCCAGCACUCUUAUGACGACCCGCUUGUGAGUCCGCGUCUGCCUGAUCUGCGACUGGGCACUUUACUGACGACAAUUUUAGACGCCGCCGCUUGGAGAGGGGUUUGAGUUUGAGGUUGUGGGGGAGGAGGAGAAUUACGCCUUGUUUCAGACGGGGAGGGGGAGCUGGUCGCCGGAGCCGUUGGUGUGAGGCUUCUCUGCCGAGAUAACUUGCUGGCUGGCUGGUGGGUGUAACACCUUUUAUGACGAACUGGAAUGGGAACUCGGUGCAUGGGAUUUUUAUUGACCCCCGGAGCGGUGUUUGGUAGAUGGAAACGAGCCGGGUUAUGUAGCGGCUGGUACUGGGAGCAUUUGGUUAAACAACAAACUGUUGGGAUAGGGAUGGAAUACCCGCUCGGUGUUUCGGCGCCAAAAUUGCUUGCUUUUUUUACUGAUUUAUGGAAUAUUCUGUCCUACUCUGCUGUCUGUUUGUUUGUUAUGUGUGUGUAUUUUUUUGGGUGGUCUAUUGCUCC